AUGCGUUUCUUCGUUCUCGUCGCGCUCGCUACCACUGCCCUUGCAGUCGCUCUGCCCGAGCCCCAGAAGUGCAACCCAAGCAUCAACUGCUGCACUUACACCGAGACAGCAUGCAACAACCGUGGCGACGCCUGCACAGCGACCUGCAAUGGCCAAAAGCGCAGUGGUUCCUGCAAUGACUUGGGCAGCGGCUCCCUCUCAUGCGAUGCUGCUUAG